GAUUGUGGAUUUUGGUUUUGAGUGGUGUGUUAGCUGUUUUUGUGGAGCGAAGUGGAGUUGCCUCUCAGCUUGAAUGAUUUGAGCGGGCGACCGGAGCGUAGCUUUGCGGAGGGCUUGUUGAAGUGCGGUUCUCAUUUGAGGAUUUUGGACUUUUUUGGCUGGUCAAGCGUAUUGAGUGUUCUGCUAGUCGUUUACAAGGUUUGGUUGGUUUUGCGCACUUGGGUGCUUGAAAGAUUCGAGGUUUUCAAGAAGUGCCUGGGGGAAGCUCGAUCCUGUUUGGUGCUCGUUGACUAUUCAGAUUGUGGGUGAUACUGUUUGUGACACUCGGGAGCUACGAGGGCCAAUCGGAAGAGUGAAAUUGUAUUGUGUGAUUAUUUGGUGUCUUUAUAGGUGGUCAACACAGGAGUUAGGGAGUUAGCGUGCUGUUGAGCGAUUGAAAAAAGUCACCAUGGCGAAUUACUUGCUACACGGGACUAUGCUUGUCACUAUCUAUGAUGGGAAAAAUCUCGAGACGGAAGAGCGCAAGUCGGGUAAAGCUCCAGGAUUCUUAAGAAAGCUCGUGGAGACCUCGGAAGAAGUACUGAAGAUGGGCAGAGGACCAAGCCAAUACUACGCCACCGUGGAUUUGGGGGAAACUAGAGUUGGGCGAACGCGUGUUCUGGCAGGAUCGAAAGAUCCUAAAGAUCCAGUUUGGAAUGAGAAAUUUCGUAUUUAUUGUGCACAUACGAUAUCACACGUUAUAGUCUCCAUCAAGGAUGCUGCAAUUGUGGGCACCACUGUCGUUGGUCGGGCUAAGGUUCCCGUGUUAGAUCUUCUCUCAGGCGAAGAGGUAGACAAGGAAUAUCAACUCGUCAACGAUCACACUGGUCCGCUCAAACGUUCGCGAAUCCGAUUUUCCUUACAAUUCUUUGAGGCAAGUCGAGAUCCAUACUGGGGGAAGGGUGUGUUGGACUCGCAGAACCCGGGAAUACCGUUCUGCUAUUUUCCUCAACAGAAAGGCUGUCACGUAACCCUGUACCAGGAUGCCCACAUGGCAGAGAAUUUCCUGCCUCCCAUAUACUUGAGCGGUGAUCAGGAGUAUCAAUCCCGACGGUGCUGGGAGGAUAUCUUUGAAGCAAUCAACAAUGCUCAAAAAUUAAUCUAUAUCACAGGCUGGUCAGUCUAUACGGAGAUUAGGCUAUGCCGAGAUCCACAGAGGCCAGUGCCAGGCGACGAGGGCUUCACUAUUGGAGAGCUUCUGAAGAAGAAGGCGGACCAGGGAGUUCGCGUGAACGUUAUGGUUUGGGACGAUCGGUCGUCGUUUUGGCUGCGGCAGCAGGGGGUUAUGUCCACCCAUGACGAAGCCACCGCGCAAUACUUCAAAGGCACGAAUGUAAAAUGUUUUCUUUGUCCGCGGGACGCCGAUAGCAACUUAACACUGAUGCAGAAAUCGCAAAUCGGGGGUCUUUUCACGCAUCACCAGAAAACCGUCAUUGUUGACGCUCCGCUACCAGGAGCCGAUGCCUUCUCCUCUGGACGGAGGCUUGUAAGCUUUGUGGGAGGACUGGACCUCUGUGACGGCCGCUAUGACAACCAGUUCCACUCUCUGUUCCGCACUCUUGAUACGGCUCACAGUCGGGAUUUCCAUCAAGUGUUUACUGGAGCCUCCGUGGAAUGUGGCGGACCUCGUGAGCCGUGGCACGACAUCCACUCUAAGUUGGAAGGUCCUGUUGCGUGGGAUGUUCUCAGCAAUUUUGAAGAGAGAUGGAAAAAACAGGCUGGGCGGCCGGGGGAUCUUUUGCCCAUCCGAGAUCUUGGUAUCUCUCGUGAUCCUGUUACCAGUGAGGAGGAUCAGGAGACCUGGAAUGUGCAGGUGUUUCGCUCAAUUGACGCAGGGGCUGCGGAAGGGUUUCCAGAUACUCCCGAGGAAGCUGCAAAUAAAGGUUUGGUGAGUGGGAAAAAUAUCUCAAUUGACCGCAGUAUUCACCAUGCGUACAUCAAUGCCAUUAGACGUGCGCGAAACUUCAUUUAUAUCGAGAAUCAGUACUUCUUGGGGAGCAGUUUUGGCUGGGAAGCGAAGAAGGAGGCCGGGGCAUUCAACCUUAUCCCCAUGGAGCUUGUCCGCAAGAUCGUGAGCAAAAUCGAAGCUGGGGAGCGCUUCGCCGUGUAUGUUGUGAUACCGAUGUAUCCUGAAGGCGCCCCGGAGAGCCAAUCCGUGCAAGCAAUCUUGGACUGGCAGAGGAGGACCUUUCAAAUGAUGUAUAAAGAAAUCGCGGUUGCCUUGAAUGCGCGAGGGAUCAGGGACCAGCACCCCAGAGAAUACUUCUCUGUGUUUUGUUUAGGAAACAGGGAGUUGCGGCGAGCGGAUGAGUAUGUGCCGACCAAAGGCGCCCCCCCUGAAGACAACUAUUAUAGAUCCGCCCAGGAGCACCGCCGCUUCAUGAUUUAUGUGCACUCAAAAAUGAUGAUAGUGGAUGACGAGUACAUAAUAGUGGGGUCAGCCAACAUCAACGAGAGAUCCUUGAACGGUGCACGCGACUCCGAAAUUGCCAUGGGAGCUUAUCAGCCUCACCAACUUGCUACGCAUAGGCCUGCAACGGGUCAGAUCCAUGGGUUCCGAAUGGCGUUGUGGUACGAGCACUUGGGCAUGCUGGACAACAAAUUUUUGCAGCCAUGGAGCGUAGAGUGCAUUCGCCACGUGAAUGAGAGAUCGGAUGAUCUCUGGAAUUUGUUCGCACAAGAAGAGGUGGUCGAUCUUCCUGGACAUUUGAUGUCUUACCCUUACGAUGUGGGAAGCGACGGUUCCUUGUCGUACAAACCAGGCUGUGAGUUCAUCCCGGACACCAAUGCCAAGGUGCUUGGAGGCACCUCCUACGCUCUCCCUGACAUUUUGACCACGUAGAAGGAUUUUCUGUGCAGAUUUGUUCAGUUCUGCGAGGAUCAUACUCGCUGAUGCACGAGAUUGAAUCUAUUAACUGGGGCGGAUUGUUUGUUUUUGAAAGUGGGUGCAACAAUCUCUUUCUCACAUUGCCAACUCGUGAAAGGAGUAGGCUUGCUCAGUGGUAUAACUACAGAAGCGGCAGUAUAGGAAGGAAAAGGGUCCUCAACAUCAGACUCAACUCUUUGGUUAUUUGGAAAGUCAAUUUUUUACAGUUUGUGCUUCCUUUUAAUAAUUGAAUACUUUCAAUCAUGUGCUUCAUUCAUAGUAAUAUGAUUGAAAGUAAUGAUUUUGGACGACUCCUAUCAUGUCCUUUUUUAAGUAGCUUCUAUUUAUAAGAAGAGAAGUAGGACAUCUUUACUCAUUUUCAUGUUUUUUUAGACAAUGUUAUGAGUUUAUUUUUGUGUUUAAAAGUGGCAUUUAUGGCAUCCUUGAUUUUUC